UAACAAUUCUCGAUUUAUCGGUAGUACUUCGUAGAAAAAUAUUUCCUUUAUUUCGAGCAUCGUGAUGCAUUUAAAAGUGAAGGAUCUGCACGUAGGCGCUUUCCGAUUUAUGAAUUCCAAUCUCUCUUAACCUGUGUUUGUGUUGUUUUUCUACAAUAUCGCCUUUAAAUGUUACAUCAAAGAUCGCUUACGCUGAUUAUUUAUAGAAAAGACCAGCGGGUGAUCGUAGUCUCGUAUGCAUAAUUUUACUUGAACUUGUCCUACCAUUGGUGACGACGAAAAGUAUCUUUGAACUUGUGGUUUGCAGCGUGUUUCGAUAAACUGUAUGUAGCGUACACGUUGCAUUGUUAUUAACGGCCAGUAUAAUUGACGUGCAGAUGGAGUCCGAUUACGACGAUGAUCGCAGUGGUUGGGGGGACGAGAUGAAUCGAAGCACCGACGAGUGCAGCGGGGAGGAUACGUUCGACAACCCGCAGGAGGUGCUGAACGAGUGCCUGGACAAGUUCAAAACGCCCGAUUACAUAAUGGAGCCCGGCAUUUUCGUCCAACUCAAGAGAUACUUCCAGGCCGGAGGGAAUCCCGAGCAGGUUAUAGAAUUGUUGUCCAAGAAUUACACGGCCUGCGCGCAGACGGCGAAUCUACUCGCGGAGUGGCUGAUCCUCGCCGGAGUGAAGGUCACCGAUGUGCAGGCGAUGGUGGAGAACAAUUUGAAGGACAUGAUCCUGAAGACCUUCGAUCCCAAGAAGGCGGACAAGAUCUUCACCGAGGAGGGUGAAACCCCCGCCUGGUUGACCGAAAUGAUACAGCAUCCCACUUGGCGGUCCUUGAUUUACAGGCUCGCCGAGGAGUAUCCGGACUGCUUGAUGUUGAACUUCACUAUCAAGCUCAUUUCCGACGCUGGAUUCCAAGGCGAGAUCACGAGCAUCUCGACGGCGGCGCAGCAAAUCGAGGUCUUCUCGCGCGUAUUGAAGACCGCGAUCGCCGGGUUCCUUCAGAACACGGAGAACUGGCAGUCCAGCAUACAAGAGUGUGCGAAAAUGGUGUGUCACGGUCAGCACACCUACGUGUACAGCCAAGUCCUGUUGCAGAUUCUUGCGCAGGAACCCCGCGGCGGUUUCAUGAUGAAGAGACUUUCCCAGGAAAUCACCAAGUGCGCGCAACAAAAUCGACACGACGUCACCCCGAUAACGAUGGCUCUCAAUAGCGCUGCCAGUAGUCCUGGGGCGUGUCAGGCACUGGCGUCUAUGCUGUCGAGAAACACCCUGAAUCCGGCCGAUAUCACAGUCUUGUUUAGAAAUUAUUCUGCAGCGGAGCCACCUCCUAUCGAAUUGCUGCGCAAUCCACAAUUUUUGGAAUUACUGGUCGAUGCGCUUUUUAAGCCUGGCGUGAAGAUAAAUCCUGAGCAUAAAUCGAAAUACAUACAUUUACUAGCUUAUGCGUCGAGCGUAUGUGAAACAGCUCCUAAAAAGAGCAACACCCGCAAAAUUAACAAGGACGAGUUGAAAACGACCAUCCAGGCAAUUGAGAAAGUGCAUAAUAUAUGUAACAUAAAUAAAGGAUCGACCGAGCUAAUAGCAGAGUUGCAUACUUUGUAUCAAAGCAUACGAUUUCCCGUCGUAAGCGUGGGCGUGAUACGAUGGGUGGAGUGUACUGUGACCGAACCGUCGUACUUCAAAUUAUGCACCGAGCACUGUCCUGUCCACCUCGCUCUGCUGGACGAGGUCGUAGCUUGUCAUCCCUUGUUGCAUCCAAAAAUCUUGAGAUUACUCGUGCACUUGUUCGAGAGCAAACAAGACGAGUUGGAGAUACUCGUCCAAUUGGAGAUGAAAAAGAUGUUAAUCGACAGAAUGGUGAAUUUGCUGAGCAGAGGCUGCGUAGUACCCGUUGUGUGCUACAUAAAGCAAUGCUGGCAACGUGGAGAUACGGAUAUAUCUUUAAUCAGAUAUUUCGUUACCGAGGUCUUGGAAGCGAUCGCCCCUCCGUAUACAGCUGAGUUUGUGCAACUAUUUUUACCGAUGGUAGAAAACGAGGAGAUUACUGGGACCAUGCGCGGGGAGAGUGAGAACGAUCUAGUUUCAGAAUUUAUUGUACACUGUAAGACACAUUGUCCCGUUGUAAGAUGACGGUAUAAAAAUUAAUCGCAGAUAGGUCAAAUCAAAAGGAAGCAGUGAC